CUGUCCUCUCCUCUGUCUCUCUGCCCCUCUGCCCAGGCUCUACACAAGUGCUGCCAGAGGUCAGCGCUCCUCCUUGUUGCCAGGCGACCAUGGAGCUCCAGCUCAGCGAGCCCACCUCCUCUACACACGAGGCUCCUGCUGUACCUCGCCCAGCGUUACUACGACGUAGAGAUGCUCAUGAAGUGGAGUUCAAAUCUGAAAAGGAGAGGGCUUCAGAAGAAGAACGCUUACUAUGGCUACACUCAGAAGUUUUAUGGGGGAGACAUAGCAGCAGCAUAUUUUAUCCUGAGUCUGAAGGGAAGAUUUAGGUUUCUUGGCCAGCCAGCCUGGUUCCACACAGACCAGAGGGGCAAGUUCAAUUGGGAUUUCUUGAAUCACAAAGACACCCCUCUAGAGGAAGUAGACCUGAGCUACACAGUCAUCAACUACACUGGACUAGGGAACCUAGAGCGCCAACGAUCUUUGCGGACUCUGUCCUUGCGAGGGUGUCCUGAAGUAGACGACUGGUUUCUGGCCAGGCUGCAUAUAUUCCAGGACUCCCUAGAGGAAUUGGACAUCUCUCAUUGUCCACGCAUCACUACAGGCGGCCUGGCUGCCCUGAGGAAUCUCAAGGGACUGCGGCGACUGGACAUGUCAUCCCUCCCAGGGAUUUCCAGUCCUGGAUUGGUCGCCAUCCUUCUAGAGGAGAUGUUACCACAGUGCCAGAUCACAGCCACUGGCUACGACCACAGCUUGAAGCAGGAGGAGGAAGAGGAGAAGGAGGGGCAGAUGGAAGCACAGAGGUAGGGUGUGGACGGGGACAGGAAUCAGAAGAAUUGAGAGAUACACGCAGAAAAAGAGAAAGUCCUCCAAGGGAACUCUGCUGUUUGAUCAUGUGCUAGUCUGGGAGAGAGAGAGGGAGCGAGAGAGAGAGGCGGAGUGUUGAUGGAGAAAAGAGAGAAGCGAUGAACUGAGAAAAAGAGAGACUAUUGUCCCGUGCAAGUCUGAUAAUUGCAGCAACUCAGCCAUCAAGAAUCUUUUUUCAUUACCUCACCAGGCCCAGUUUAAGCUAAUCACCCAGAAAGUCAAACACAGAAGAUAUUUAGAAUUUUACAUCUACGAGUCUUGGUGCUCUCCCCAUAAAUUAGUCUUUUAUAAACCCAAAUUAAAUUGGACACUGAAAACAUCACCAGAUAUCAUCAUGGGGAAAAGACAAAAUAAACUAGAGCAAGUGUGAAAGGAGAAAUGGACUACCUCAAGUUUGUUGGAUUACUUGGCAUCAUCUCUCAAGGUAUAGAGUAUCACAGUCUGCUUGGUCAAGUAUGUCAUCUUCCCAUCAACUUAUUGUCAAGAAUGUGAGCAUUUAUGAUAUCAAAUUAACUAUUUAAAAUGCAAAAUCAUGUUUCUGUCUCAAGAAAA